AUGUCACAAAAGCAGCUGAAAGAAGCCUUUAUCAGCAACUUAAAUGGAACUAGUUUGCUGGAAAUUUCACUCGGCUUGUCCCUGGCUCCCCUCUGCCUGCUUUGCAGAGGACUCCUCUUGAUUUUAUAUUACCUGCACUAUGGGAAACCUUUAAGUUCCAGGACGUACAGUCUGCUGCUGGACUUCCUUGUGCUAGUAUCUCCCCUCCUGUUCUGUUGUACAGUCUUGUCUCCAAUCCUCUAUUUCAUGCCAAUUCUCAUUGCAGCCUUUUGUGCCGGAAUAUUUUCUAAAAUAUACAGCCAAAGAAAACACAAGACCCAGGUGCCUUUCAGGAAAAUUUUAAGAGACUUCCAGAAGACGUCCCUGGAUCCAGAAUACAUUCCAGCCAUAACCGUGUUCCGCGUCUAUGUCAAUGUGUUGACAUCCAUCAGCAUUUUGGCAGUGGAUUUCCCACAGUACCCGAGGCGCUACGCCAAAGCCGAGACCUACGGAACAGGAGUUAUGGACUUGGGGGUUGGUGCUUUUAUUUUUGGUAAUGCUCUCGUUUGUCCUGAAGUUAGGCAAAAGUCUGAUGGGACACAGCCCAAACUUUCCAGCCUGGCCAGGCAGUUCUUUUCUGUUUGGCCGUUGAUUUUUCUUGGCACGGGCCGGCUGCUUAGUGUUAAAUCUCUAGAGUAUCACGAGCACACGUCAGAGUAUGGAGUGCACUGGAAUUUUUUCUUUACCUUAGCAUUUGUAAGGCUUGCAGCCUCUCUACUUUUAGCCAUGUUUCCAAAAAAUAAAUCUUGGAUUGUGGCUCUAAAUCUUGCCGUACUUUAUCAGCUUAUUCUUAACACUACCUCUCUGAAGACGUUCAUCCUGCACGGGAGUGACGGCAGAGAUACCCGGGUCGGCUUUCUCAACGCCAACAGGGAAGGGCUGCUCUCUCUUUUUGGCUAUCUAGCCAUCUACCUGGCGAGUGUGCAGGUGGGCCUCUGCCUGCUGAAGUGCAGAAGCUCCGUGGCAGGCUGGACGGGCGCCGUGCGGCUCUCGCUGCUGGCGGUUCUCCUGCUCCUUGUGCUGCUCCGGGGGUCCCAGGGGGGGCCCCGGGCGCAGGCGGCCCCCGUGCCCCGCCGCAUGGCCAACCUCUCCUACUGCCUCUGGGUGCUGGCUCACUGCCUGGCGUUCUUCACCUGGUUUGUAGUGGCCGACCUCACGCUGCUCUUCACCAGGCUGCUGGUGCCGGGCUCCAGCGUGCCCUGCUGCUGGGAUGUGGUGAAGCCCCCUCCCACCCGUGCACAGCCUGCAGUGGGGGCCGUGCCCGUGGGCAGGGAAGGUGCCCGGGCACACGUCUGCCUGAUCAGUGCUAUCAAUAAAAAUCAGUUGCUGUUUUUCUUGCUAGCCAAUGUUAUGACUGGUAUGGUGAAUAUCCUGGUAGAUACGAUCCACAGCAACACUGCAUUUACACUAUGUAUACUACACUUGUAUAUGUUUUCUAACUGUUUAAUUAUGCAUAUAUUGCAUGCCAAAAAUAUAGUAUUAAAGUUUUGGUGA